GAUUGAUACUGCUGCACCGUCCUUCAAAACAAGACCCCAAACGCGGCGUUUGAUUAAGGUUUUAACAUUUAGAUAAGGUCUUGUUUGGUUUGAACUGAUGGCGGAGACUGAAGAUGGAGCCCGCUUGAGAUUCUAACUUGGUGGUGAUAAACAGCUACGUCUCAAAUAUGCUGUCAGGACUUAUUGCUUUUUCUAGAUGCCCUCUGAAUCGGCCUUUUCCUCAGUGGAAAGGCUCUUUUUGCCAGGCCUUUCGUCCAGGCCAUCGGAUAUGGGGAAAUGCAAGUCAAAGAAGGACUCACAUAAGAAUAACAGCGCCGUCCGCAAGGAUAAACCAGAAGCCUGUUUUUACCAGGGCUCCGGCAUUUGGUGAAAAACAUGCAAUCAUAGACAGCAGUGGCAGACACAGCUACAAGCAGCUGUACAGCAGCAGCUUAGCUCUUGCUUAUAAAAUCAGUGUCAUGUUAAACUCUGACUUUGGGGGUGUGGAUGGAAAACGAAUCUCCUUCCUGUGUGAAAAUGAUGCUUCUUAUACAGUUGCACAGUGGGCAACUUGGAUGAGUGGAGGGACAGCAGUGCCACUCUAUAGAAAACACCCCUCAUCUGAACUCGAGUAUAUAAUCUCUGAUUCUCAGAGUUCACUUCUUGUGGCAGCCCAUACCUAUGCCGAAACCCUAGAGCCACUGGCACAGAAGCUAAGGCUACCCUGCUUGAUUCUGCCCCCUACUUCUAACCUGGAUGCUUUAGAAGGAGCAGACAUGUGUGAAAAGGAGAACGCUAUCACAGACUGGGCUGAUCGACCGGCUAUGAUCAUCUACACCAGUGGUACCACAGGCCGCCCCAAAGGAGUUCUACACACCCACAGCAGCCUCCAAGCCAUGGUCCAGGGUUUGGUGUCGGAGUGGGCGUGGUCCAAGGACGACGUCAUCCUCCACACUUUACCACUGCACCAUGUCCAUGGCAUCGUCAACAAGCUGAUGUGCCCACUCUGGGUGGGGGCCACCUGUAUCAUGCUUCCUGAAUUCGAGCCUCCGAAGGUGUGGGAGAUGCUUUUGAGCUCCAAGGCUCCAAUGGUUAAUGUGUUCAUGGCUGUGCCAACUAUUUACUCCAAAUUGAUCCAUUAUUAUGAUCAGCACUUCACACAACCGCAUGUGAAGGACUUUGUCAAAGCGGUCUGCAAGCAGAGAAUCAGGCUGAUGGUUUCAGGCUCAGCUGCUCUCCCGUGUCCCACUCUGCAGCGCUGGGAGGAGAUUACGGGUCACACGCUGCUGGAACGUUACGGCAUGACUGAGGUUGGCAUGGCACUGUCCAACCCACUGAAGGGCCCACGCAUCCCAGGGGCUGUCGGAUUGCCUCUUCCAGGCGUGGAAGUUCGAAUUGUCAUGAAUAAUGCAACCAACACCACAAUUGUGGAGGGCACUCACAAAGAGAUUCAGGUACGUCCAGGUCUUGAGGGUAAAGAGGGGGAGCUUCUGGUUCGAGGUUCAUCGGUUUUUAAAGAGUACUGGAACAAACCUCAGGAGACCAAAGAGGCUUUCACUGAUGAUGGCUGGUUCAAAACAGGAGACACGGCGGCCUAUAAAGACGGCGUUUGUUGGAUCAUGGGCCGCACCAGUGUUGACAUCAUAAAGAGCGGUGGCUACAAGAUCAGUGCUCUCGAGGUGGAGCGUCACCUGCUGGCUCAUCCCGACAUCAUCGAUGUUGCUGUGAUCGGGGCCCCAGAUGCCACAUGGGGCCAGAAAGUGACUGCUGUGGUGCAGCUGGAGAAGGGGCAGAAGAUGACUCUGCCAGAAUUAAAGACCUGGGCGAGAGAGCACAUGGCGCCGUACACCAUACCUACAGGCUUGGUGUUGGUGGAGGAGAUGCCGAGGAAUCAGAUGGGUAAAGUCAACAAGAAGGACCUCCUGCGACACUUCUUUCCAUGACUGCACAACUUUGUUACGUCUGACAACGUGCAGGUUUCUGCAGGUGAGGUGAUGGGAAACCUUCAGUCCUGGCAUUUACACGGACGUUCCUGUGACACGUAUGUUUCAGACUGAUCGCACCCAUCGCCGGCAGCUCUCCCCAACACCUGUCCUGUUUCAGUGCAAGCUAUAAACUGCCCUGAUCACAGACGGAUUGAUCAUCCAGUGGUUGCAGCAGAAGCCCUCCAGAUGCCACAACCCACAUGACCUAAAAGUUCUGCUGCUGAUGUCUCAAUCCCAGAGCUCUCAGGCCUGCCAUCUCCUAAUGAGACAUAUAUAUAUAUAUAUAUAUAUAUAUAUAUAUAUAUAUAUAUAUAUAUAUAUAAAACAAGGGAGUUAUUGAGUGUUUAAGCAAAGUGGUGUUAAUAUUUUUGUUGAUUUCUGUGUUUGUAUGAACCAUCUAUUUUAAUAUAAUUGCCCAAACUUAGCAUUACCUUGAGUGCUUUGAGUGGGAAUAUUGAUGUUUUAUUAAUUAAAAGAAGUAAUUUGAUCAGCAAAAACGUGAUAUUUCAAUAGUAGGACGGUGUUAUUAUAACUAAUGAUAACUUUUAUUUAAAUCUACAUCGGAGAAAAAGAAUGAUGGACUUGGAGGGUGAUUGUGAUGAUGACGUGAAUGAGGCUCCAGUCACUGAGCCGAUGCACUUGAAAUAACAGCUCAAUCAGAAAAUUAAAAAGUCAAAACUGGAA